UAAAAAGCCAUAGCUCCUGUGGAUGAAGAUGGUUUGUCUUUUAUAUUUCGUUCUGUACAUAUCAGUGUCACCCAUGGUUAACACACUGAAAGCCAAUGAAGUAAUUGUAGAUCCUGAAACAGAAGUAACCUUUCAAUGCAAUGACGGUGGAUCACUGCUGUACUGGACAUGGCUACCAAAAUAUCCAAAGUGUGUUAAAACAAUAAUAAAAUAUAACCCAGGUAUUAUUACUAAUAAGACUGAUAUAAAGAUAAUGCUGGAAGAAUUUGAAGGCCGACUGCAAGCCAAGGAAGACACAGUUAAUGGAAAAACAAUUCUUGUUGUCCAGAAAGUGAGAAUGAGUGACUCUGGUCUCUUUACUUGCACUGGGGACAACAGAAACAUGACCAGCUUCACACUUCUGGUCAGAGAUGGUUUGUGUUAUAAUAAUGUUGCUUUCAAAGCAGAGUCACAGACAAAUGGAAAUUUGAAAUUUUCCUGCUCUAAAUGUAAAGAUCUCGAACUCACUAGCACAACAGACUCAUUUGCUUGGCGGUUCAAUGGUAAAGAAGAAAACAACAGAACAGCAAUAAUCCGUAGAACGAAAAAUACACUGAUACUUAAACAGAAAGGACCUUCAGUCUACGGGAAGUGGAGCUGUGUGCUAACAGAAAAUGCCAUCUAUCACGCAGAAUACUGCCUGGAGGGAGCGGACGACGACGAGGCCUACACUGAACAGUCAUAUCCAUCCACUACAGCAACUCCAUCAACCACAGCUACAAAUCAUUCCAAAGAAUCACAUGGGAAAGACAAGACUGUAUCAAGCUUGGUGGUGGUCAUGGGACUUCUGGUGGGCCUCUUUGUUGUAGCUAUCAUUGCAGGAAUAUGGUAUCAUCGAUCCAGACCUCUAACCAGAAUGUCUAGAAGGAAGAAAAACACAAAAAAGGAAACUGGGAAGAGCCCAGGUGACAGUGACAUGACUUUAAAAUCUGGUACAGAACUGGACUUUGUUCAUUCUGAGUGCAUUGUGAUGGAAGAAUCCCAGUCAGUGACAAAGUUGGACACCAGACUAGAUGUUGCCUUCUGUUCUCUGUCUAGUCUUAUAUUUUCAGAAUAG